AUGGGAAACCCUUUUGCUCUGAUUUUUGAAUCUAUCUUUCCUACUUUGGUUGAGCAUGCAAAGUACAUAUUUGCUCUCAAGGAUAAUCUCAAGGCUUUGAUAAAUGCUAUUUUAGAGCUCGAGGCAAGCAGUGCUGAUGUGGUGAGGGAAGUUGAGAUACAAGAGAGACAAGGUUUGCAACGGCUAGAGAUAGUCGGGCUAUGGAUUAAUCGGGUGGAAGUCAUAGGACCCAAGGUUUUACUUCUGCUUGAAGGUAGCAGAGUCGAACUUCGAAGAUUGAGUAUGUUUGGAUACUGGUCCGACGACUUCGAAUCAACCUAUCGUUAUGGAGAAAAGGUAUCAGAAACGUUGGACGAAGUUAAAACUCUUUUGUCUACAAAACCUCCUGAUGAAACGGUAGCUAGGAGGGGUCUUCCUCCCCAUAUGGAGGGGUUGACCCAACAUCCGGUUGGUUUAGAGAACAUUCUUGAAGAGACAUGGGAACGUCUCAUGAAAGACAAAGUUGGAAUUUUGGGUCUUUAUGGUAUGGGUGGAAUAGGAAAAACCACCAUUCUGGAACAAAUCAAGAACAAGUUCCUUGAAAAAGGGGAUGAGUUUGAUGAAGUGAUAUCUGUUGUGGUGUCCCAAGAUGUACAGAUUGAUAGGAUACAAAAGGAGAUCGGGAAAAGACUAGGCCUCUUUGUCUCUGACACGGAGUGGGAGCUAAAAACCCAAAAGGAGAAAGCCGAGCUUAUAAGAAUGUUCCUUGCAAGGAAACGAUUUGUUAUGUUAUUAGAUGAUAUAUGGAAGAAGGUGGAGUUAGAAAAGAUUGGAAUUCCAUUACCCUCUCUGGCAAACAGAAGCAAAGUUGUAUUUACAACUCGUUUGAGAAAGGUUUGUGGCCGUAUGGGACCGGAUGAUAUGGAAGUCAAGCGUCUAGAACCGGAAAAAGCGUGGGAACUAUUCCGACAGAAAGUUAGAGCUGACACGCUAGAAAGUGAUGUGAAGAUCUUCGAGCUAGCAAGAAGAGUCUGUGGAAGAUGUAAAGGCUUACCACUUGCACUCACCGUGAUUGGUGAGACAAUGGCAUGCAAAAUGAUGGUACACGAGUGGCAGCAUGCGGUUGAUGUUCUAAAUUCAAAUGCGGCUGGGUAUCCAGAAGUUGAAGAGGAGAUUCUUAAAAUUCUCAAGUUUAGCUAUGAUGAUCUUAAGGACGAGACAGUACAACAAUGUUUCCAGUAUUGUGCUUUAUUUCCAGAAGAUGAUUUGAUAGAACAACAAAUGUUGGUGGACUACUGGAUUUGCGAGGGGAUUAUAGAUGGAGGAGGGGAUAGAGAGAAAGCUAUGAACCUGGGUUAUAACAUAAUCGGUAUCCUCGUUAGUGUGAGUCUGUUGAUGAAACAUGAAUCUAGACAGGCAGUAAUUAUGCAUGAUGUGGUUCGUCAUAUGGCUCAGUGGAUUGCAUCCAAUUUUGGGAAAGAGGAGGAGAAUUUUGUUGUGAAAACGGGUGCUGGGCUGCAUCAGAUGCCAGUGGUCAGGGAUUGGAAUGCAGUGAGAAGGAUGUCACUGCAAAAUAAUAAGAUUAGGAACAUCUCAGUCACCAUGGACUGUCCUAACCUUACAACAUUGUUCUUAGGACGGAAUAGGUUGGUGAACGUUUCAGGUGUAUCAUUGAUGCCUAAGUUAGUGGUUCUGGAUCUAUCAGGGAACACUCGUCUUAGCCAGGUGCCAGAAGAAGUCUCAGAGUUAGUGAGCUUGCGAUUUCUCAGCUUAGCAAGAACAUUGGUCCAGGAUUUGCCGAUGGGACUAAGAAAGUUGAUACAACUGAGACACCUGGAUUUGGAUUUCAUGUUGAGACUUGGAAGCAUCAGUGUGAUAUCAAAUUUAUUAAAUUUAGAAACGUUGAAUAUAUAUCUUUCUACUCCUUUAAGUCUGGAGUCGAUAGAUGCUCUUAAGUUACUGGAGAAUUUGCAAGUCUUGAGCGUAAGUAUCACAAAAGCUUUUGUUUUGGAACGUCUUUUGAGCAUCCCGAAAUUGGCUAGCUGUAUUGAAGGUCUACAUCUGGACGGGUUUGAAGCAAUAAAUGGAACCGUUUCUAUGGAGUUUUUGGCAGGUCUUCACAAACUCGAGAUAUAUGAAUGUCGUAUCUCAGAUAUAAUAGUGGAUUGGGGAAACCCAACACCAAGUGAGGUUUACUUCCACAACCUGAAGUCUGUUUCUAUUUCGAGCGUCAAGGGUCUGAAGGACUUGACCUGGUUGUUGUCUGCUUCGAGUCUUACUACACUAUAUGUAGGUAGGUCAUCGGAAAUGAAAGAAAUUAUAAGCAGAGAAAAAGCAGUUGGUAUUCUCGGUGAGAAACACAGUAUUAAACCCUUUGCAAACCUUAAGAUGAUUAGAUUAUACAAUUUGGAGAAGCUGAAGAGCAUCUACUGGGAACCUCUCCCCUUCCCAUGUCUGACGGAAGUCUCGGUAAUCAAGUGUCCAAAUUUAAAAGUGAUUCCAUUCAAGAAAGAGAGCUCCAACAGAAAUCAGAUUUCAUUCAAACAUGUUGAAGAAGAUCAGAUUAUUAAAGACCCAACUUUCUCUUUGGCUCUGUGGGAUCUCCAGCAUUUUCGCAGCAGCAACAGACAUCCAACUUUGUAA